GGCAUAAAACAAUUCCCUUUCAUGUUCCUUCGUUUCGACGACGGGGGACCACGCCUCCCGUCGUUCCCGUCGACACCACCGCCUCUGGUGGUGGCACCGCCCCGCCCUCACGGUGGACAACUGCUCAACGGCUGGAAUCGAUCUGCUGCUUGA